AUGCCUCCCAAACGACCUGCUGCUCCCUCUGGAUCUACACCUAAGAGGGCAAGACGAGUGCUGACGCUGAAUGAGAAGAAUGAAGUGCUGAAACAACUCGACAGCGGUAUGAGCUAUGCAGCUGUUGGCCGCCACUUUGGGCUCAACGAAUCCAGUGUGCGUGGAAUUAAACGACGUGCAAAGGAUCUGAAGCACGCUUUAGCUUCAAGUGCACCAGUGACAUCAAAAGUGACAAGCCAUGUGCGUGAUGAUGCCCUCAUUAAAAUGGAAAAAGCACUGAACAUUUGGAUAGAGGACCUAAACCGCCGCCGCAUACCACUUGACUCGAAAUUUAUUAGGCAGAAAGCUAAGGAACUUUAUGAUAGGAACAACAAGAAAGCGUGGAUGACAUCUGAUUUGUGCGUGGAUUGGCUGAAAAACUGCUUUGCUAGAGAGGUGAAAAAUUAUCUGGAUGAACUUGGCAUGGAGUUCAAAGUGGUAUUAUGUCUAGAUAAUUGCCCUGGCCACUCUGAAGAACUCAAGACUGCCCACCCCAACAUUGAGGUGGUUUUCCUGCCAAAAAACACCACCUCCAUCAUCCAGCCAAUGGACCAGGGAGUCAUUGUCGUGUUUAAGGCUAAAUAUGCAGAGAAGACUUUCAGCAUGAUUCUUCCUUCGUUUUAA